AUGACUACCAUUCGGGUGCAAAUGGCCAGUGAGGCCUGCACCCGGAUAAAAUGCAGUGUGCUCGUGCCCAACCAACUGCAGUACACCAUACAAACCAAUUCAAAUAAGGUCUCAAGAAGAAUGGAAGCAAUGUACAAGCAAAGAGGAAUAGGCCAGAAGAACCAGAAAGCUCAG